AUGUCAGAAGCUAAAAAUUCGGAUUCAAAUCCUUGCUUGCAGGAACAAAGAUUAUCAUUCAAAUGCUUGCAAGAUAGUUUUGGUGAUAAAUCCCAAUGUGAACCGCAAAUAGAAAAUUACAAAGACUGCAAAACAUUUUGGUACAAUAUUUUUAAAGAGAGGAAAAACAACAAAAUAAGGCCAUACAUGCCAUCAUUAGAAGAACGGAUAAAAAUUAAGAAGGAAUACAUGAAUGGUCAUUAA